AUGCUGAGCUCAGGGCUCUCUCCCGUUUUCCUGCUGUUUGCGGCACUGGAGCUCAGCUGGGCCCUCAGCGAUGAAGAAAAGAAGAUCAUUGUGGACGGGCACAAUAAAUUCCGCUCCCAGGUCUCUCCCCCUGCUAUGGAUAUGCUGAAGAUGAGCUGGGACGUGGAGCUGGAGGCCUUUGCUCAGGCGUAUGCAGAGAAGUGCAUCUGGGACCACAACAAGGAGAGGGGCCGGCGAGGAGAAAACCUCUUUGCCAUGACCCCGACUCUGGACCUGGAAUUCGCUGUGGAAGACUGGAACGGGGAGGAGAAGUUCUACAACUUGACAACUGCCAUGUGUGCUCCCGGGCAGAUGUGUGGCCACUACACCCAGGUGGUCUGGGCAAGCACACAGCGCGUUGGCUGCGGGGUGAAGUUUUGUGCAAAGAUUGACGGGAUUGAAACGGAGGACAUGUACCUGCUUGUUUGCAACUAUUACCCACCGGGUAACAUGAAAGGCCGAAAGCCGUACAAGGAAGGAGCCUCGUGUUCCCAGUGCCCAGAGGGGACCUUGUGUGUCGACGCCUUGUGUGCAGGUGCCUUGGACACUGAAGAGAUGGAGACGAACUCAGACCGGACAAGGACGGAGCAGCCCUCAGCUGGAUCCCCCAGCACCUCCUUUGGCCUUUCUAUCCUCCUCCUGCCCAGUGUCAUCCUGGUGGGCCUCCUGCUUUAAACGGUCUUUCUCAGCUGUCCCUGCACCACUUGCCAAGGCUUUCUUCAGCAGUGGUUGUCCCACAACCCUGGUAGGCUUGGGA